CUUCCCUUACUACUCAUUUCUCCUAUCAUUUGCUGCACAUCUCUCUCUCUCUCUCUCUCUCUCUCUCAUAGAAUGGCUCCUGUUAGUCUCCCUCCUGGGUUUCGAUUCCAUCCAACAGAUGAGGAACUUGUCGCUUACUAUCUUGAGAGGAAAAUCAAUGGCAGAAGAAUUGAGCUUGAAAUCAUUCCAGAGGUUGAUCUCUACAAAUGUGAGCCAUGGGACUUACCAGAUAAGUCAUAUCUACCAAGUAAAGAUAUGGAGUGGUAUUUCUUUAGUCCAAGAGAUCGAAAAUAUCCAAAUGGGUCGAGAACUAAUCGAGCAACCAAAGCUGGAUAUUGGAAGGCGACAGGGAAGGACAGGACAGUUCAAUCUCACAACAGAGCAGUUGGGAUGAAGAAGACAUUGGUUUAUUACAGAGGCCGUGCUCCUCAUGGCAUCCGCACCAAUUGGGUUAUGCAUGAGUAUCGUCUUCUCGACUCCCUCUUUGAUAACAACAACAACAACAACAACAGAUCACCUUUGAAGGAUGGUUAUGCACUGUGUCGUAUAUUCAAGAAAACAAUCCAAAUAACCAAAGCUGCAAAGGAUGAUGAACAAAGUGUAGCAGAUCAUGAGAAAGACGACAACCAUUGCCGCUCGGAUGAUUUAAUGGAUGAUCCAAGCGGCAAUGACAACUCCCAAAGGAAAGAUGUUGGAGAAGAGAUUAAUUAUGAACAAGAUUAUUCAAAAUUUCCUUCUGAUGCUUCUUCCUCGGAAGUCACUCAGGGAACAGCUAUAGACAAUGGCAGUACAGACGAUCUAAGCAGUAAUAAUACUGUUCCUUUUGGUUCAGAUCAUGAAGCAAAUAGUAGUGGUGCCACAAAUAUUGGUUGCUUGGUCAGUGUGGACUGCUCAUCAUCUAAUCUAACAAAGGAUCUAACAAUGCCAAACUACACAUGGUUACAACACCACCAGAAGCUUUCUUAUCCACCAUUAGAAUUAGAGGAUUUCCCACAGAUGGAUACAGUAGAGACAAAGUUAUCAUCAAAGCAGCUGCGUAGUAUGGAUGAUCAUGAGUAUGACAAGUAUAAUAGUAUGUUAGAGGAUAUCCUCUAUCUGUGUUCCACUCAAGAGAACCAUGAAGCACUACCCUGCCCAGAUUACAGCUAUUUCAGCUACGUACCCAAAACUGAGUGAAAUAAAACUACACUUCGGAUGGCACUGGUUCUUCAUUCCUGAAUGGUAAAGGAAGGAGCAGCAACUAGCUAGUGGA